UCUCCGUGAUCUGCAAAACACACAGUGGGAGUUAUGGAGGGAAUGAUGCAGAACCAACUUCAGCAGCCGCAGCAGCUACAGCCACCUCAGCCAGCGGCGGAGAGGUUAAACCAGGCAUUGCAGCAGCAGCUCAAUCUGGAACAAGUUAAGACCCGCGCCAUCAGCCUGUUCAAAGCAAUCUCUCGGAUUCUGGAAGACUUCGAUGCCUACGCUCGCACAAAUACGAACCCCAAAUGGCAAGAUAUUUUGGGGCAAUAUUCCAUGGUGAACCUUGAGCUUUUCAACAUCGUUGACGAAAUGAAGAAGGUAUCUAAGGCAUUUGUUGUACAUCCGAAGAAUGUCAAUGCUGAGAAUGCUACAAUACUACCCGUUAUGCUCUCCUCUAAACUUCUUCCUGAAAUGGAGAUUGAUGACAACUCCAAAAGAGAGCAAUUGCUUCAGGGGAUGCAGAACCUGCCAGUAACAACUCAAAUUGAGAAAUUGAAGGCAAGACUUGAUAUGAUUGCAGCAGCCUGUGAAGGCGCUGAAAAAGUUUUGGCUGAUACUCGUAAAGCCUAUUGUUUUGGAACUCGUCAAGGCCCUGCUAUUGCCCCAACUUUGGACAAGGGACAGGCUGCAAAAAUUCAAGAGCAAGAAAAUCUACUUCGAGCUGCGGUAAAUGCUGGUGAAGGAUUGCGUUUAUCCGGAGAUCAGAGGCAUAUUACUCCUGCUCUUCCAAUGCAUUUAGCAGAUGUCCUUCCUGUCCAUGAGCCUCCACAACCCUUUGGUGAUACAUCUGGCAUGUAUAUGAAGAAUACCCCGCUUACAUCAAACAAUAUGGUUGGCCCGAAUUCGUUAUUACAGGGCUCGGGAGCACAACUUAUGGGAAGAUCAGCUGCUUCUCCUUCUGCUGCAACUAGCACCACUUCUUUAGACAACACAACAGCGUCACCAAUGCCAUAUGCUAACUCACCUAGGUCUUCUACUAAUAUGAUGAAUACACCAUCUCCUCAGCAACAAACCCCUCAGCAGCAGCAGCAGCAGCAGCAGCAGCCUCAGACUCAGCAGCAGCAACGGCAGAAACUGAUGCAGUUACCUCAACAUCAACAGCAGCAAUUCCUUGCUCAGCAACAGUUUAGGCAAUCUGCAAUGCAAGGAAUGGGACAGAUGCAUGGGCAACAUCAGAUGCAGUUUUCACAAUCACUUGGGCAUCAGCAAUUUCAGGGCAGACAACUGUCUUCGGCUCAUGUUCAGCAUGGCAUUGGUCAAAGCCAACUCAACCAAGGAAAUCAGAUGAAUCGCUUGAGCCAGUUUUCGGGUCCUGCUAAUAGUGCAUUAUUCAGUGCUGCUCAGGCAACACCCAAUACCCAAAUGAUACCUAACAUUUCUGGGGCAAUGGCGUCGCGGAUGCAGUUUGGAUUAUCUGGAAACAACCCUCAGCGAAGUCAUCCUUCCCAGAUGUUGAGUGAUCAAAUGUUUAAUAUGGGAGGGGGUAAUCCCGGCAGUAUGAUGCCUUUACAGCAGCAGCAGCAGCAGCAGCCACAACAGCAGCAACAUAGUUCACAAGGUGCGUUUGGUAGCAUGGCCCCAAAUAGUCAGAAUCUACAACCUGGUAUGGUGGCACUUCCAAACACGUCACAGACUCAUCCUAAUUUCUCUCAACAGAGACAGCAAAAUCCACAGUGAUGCAGUGUGCUUAUGUAAAUCUUUUACAAGUGUUGUUACCUUGUAUUAGAAUUCAGAAACCAGUUGCUAUGAGCAACAUAAAAUGGCUGCCCAUUUCAGUUCAAAAUAUUAUAUUUUCAAUAAAAUAUAUUUUCUUGAUAAAA